GACUUGUAGCGGAAGUGUGAGUGUGGUUUUCAGACCGUCUUCCCCCGGAGGGAAGCACUUGGCCUCGUCCCGUGUCAGAGUCGGACCGCCGCUGUGAUGAUGUUGCGGACCGUGGUGGCGGUGCUCGCGCUGGCGGGCUCGUGCCGGCCACAGUUCGCGCCCCCCACGGUGAAGAUCAGCCUGGACGAUAGUCCAGAAGUCCGCUGGACGCCGCUUCUCCAAGUCUUUGACGCAGACUACCUGAACAAAGCCGCCGCAACGGUCAUCGAUUCUGCUGUUCCUAAAUGGGUUCAUCAUGCUGUCAUCCCUAUUGUGAAUUCCCUGGAAAAGUACGUUCCUCAGCCUUACGCAGGCGAGAUCCGCGGCAUGGCCUCGCAGCUGGGAGGAAACCUGUCGGAUAUCAUCCUUCUUAACUUUGCGUAUGAAAUCACUGCGUUCUGCACCAGCAUCGUAGCUCAGGACCAAAAUGGGAACGUGUACCAUGGCAGGAAUCUUGAUUAUCCACAUCCAGUUUUGAGGAAUCUGACCAUCAACAUAGUUUUCCUCAAGAAUGGAAAAGCUGCAUACCAGGGAACUUCAUUUGCUGGCUACGUUGGCUUGUGGACGGGACAGAGUCCUCACAAGUUCACCAUCUCCGGUGACCAGCGGGGAACAGAGCACUGGUGGAACUGGUGGAAGAAUGUCGUGUCUGCCUUCCUGCUUCACAGAUCUCCAGCCAGCUGGCUGGUGAGGGAGACUUUGGAGGAAGCAGAGGACUUUCAGGAUGCAGUCAUGCGUCUGUCGAAAACCCCCAUCAUUACGGGGGUGUAUUACAUCGUGGGCGGGGUGCGAGCGGGGGAAGGGGUCGUAAUCACCAGAGAUCGAACGGGCCCUGCUGAUAUCUGGCCACUGGAGCCAAUAAGCGGAGGAUGGUUCAGAGUGGAGACGAACUUUGACCACUGGCUUCCUCCUCCACCAACAGAUCAUCGCAGGGAAGCAGCAAACAAGGCACUAAAUGCAACAGGUCAAGAUCACAUCAACAUGACCUCACUGUACCAGGUUUUGUCACUCUAUCCAGUGUGUAAUGGAAUUACCAUUUAUACAACAGUAAUGAGUGCAGCCUCCCCUCAGAAUUACACCACGGUUGUCAGACCACAGCUCUGCAUCAGCACCGACUGAGCCGACAGACGGAGCAGCGAGCGUCUCAGACCGGAGUUAAAGUUACCGCCAUCAUUUUUUCUUUACUCUUAUUCAUUUGUGUUAUUUUUUGUUUGAAAUAAAUAUCAAUCAAUGAAUCAAUCAAUCAAAUCAUGUGAAAAAGACAGAAUAUUUUUAAGUUCAAAGUUUAAAGGUUUCACAUCUUUUAAUGAGAUAAAUGUGGCUUCAGAUGGACAACAACACACAGCAUUUUACUCUGUUGCAUUAUUUAGUGUGUAAAGCUGAGAGGAAAUACAGAUCCCAUUCCUACCCUCAGCCCUCCAAACGAAGACAGACCAGGACCGCACCUGAAACGAGGAGGUAUAAAAAGUUUCCCAACAUACACCAGACCGACUGGCAGAGAUGGCGACAGCAGGAAGGAGGACGGCCUUAAAUGUUUAGUCAGCAUCACCAAGGAUGUGAACAUCAUUUUAACACUGUGCUCCAUCUUGAGGCCAUUUAUUUACGCUCAGCUUUGUUUCAAGUCCAGACUUUGAGCCUCUGAGACGCGCUGACCGGCCAGCUUUAACUGUAGGACAGAUGGCCUCGUGUUUGACUCCAGAAUAUUUCGGCUCACAGUCGAGCUGACGGUCACCUCCGUAACUGGAAGGUGUCCAGGUCUGAAUCAUCAUCCCUCCACCACCGUGCUUGACGCUUGGUGUGAGGUGUGUGUGCUGACAUGCUGUGCAUAGACAUGCAUAAUUCAUAGAACUAGUUCAUGACUGAAACUGUGAGAAGAAGGAAAAACGUGUUUCUGCCCCUAUUUUCAGCCAUGAAAGGGUUGCAGGUACUUCCCUGUUUAAUCGCUUAUGAAACUUGGUCACUCAUCAGUAAAGUAGAGAAAAUUCAAUCUAUUUAAUUUGGCUCCAUAAAAAGCCCAACAAAGCUAGUUUAAUGUUAAAAACAGAAGUGAUAAACUCUGUAAAGUCUUCUGUGUCAGGGCUGGAUUGGAGGACCAGUCUAGUAGCUCCCAGUCUCGUGUGGGAGACACGGACGUGGAAGUUUUAACAUGCUAGUUGAGGCCUGUAGAAUCUAGAAUAUAAUUCUUGAGCUUUUAUAGUUUCUCUGAGUUUUGCACGGUUUGACCUUUGAGCUGAAUUUACUGGGAUGUGACUAAUCUUUAUCUGACUAUAACCCUUUCCACACUGACUUUCAUCUUUCGUCCUUGGCAUUGUUUUCAUGCCACGGCCUGGCUGCUACUUAGCCUCUUAACUCCUAUGGAAGCUGUAAUAGGACACAAUAUAUCAUGUGUUUUUAUGCAUCUGAGGUCACAUUUACCUCAUUUUAGGACCUGCUUAGGACCACUGGACUUUAUUAAGUUGCUUGUAGAAAUUUCUUUUUCACAUGUCUGUUCAUAUGAAUGUUUUGCUGUUAUCAUCUUCUUCUACAGUAACUGUACAAUAACUCUUGACUAAAACAGAUUUUUAACAACUUCACCUUGCAAGGUGCUCAGUGGUCUUGCUGCGGCACAUUUCCACAGCCAGAACAGCUGGAAGACCUCCAAGCUGCAAGUGCUCUUAUACAAAUACUCAGAAAUGGUGGAAGCAGGUGUGUAGUGCUGCAAGUGCCAAAGAAUGGAUGGUGUAACAGAAACUGCAUCGCCCUGUGAUCGGAUAUGAUAGCAGGCAUGUUGCUGCUUUGCUGUUUUACCUGCUUGUUUUGCUUCAUGCUUGUUUGUGUUUACUAUGUACAGCUGAUUAACAUGAUGAUUUAUUAAAGAUUGAUGUUCAUGACAGUG